GUUAUUAUAGGCAACGAACGUAACCACUUGAUGUUUACGUUGUUGGUCCGAUCAGCUGGUUGGUUAAAUGACGUUAAACUUGGGGAAAAUAUCGACACAUUAGGUGGAAGUUAAAACUCUGGAAAAACCAGUCCCUUUCCAGUAAAGGGUUCCAUUGGUCAUCCUUCAUGAAGUCGGUACUAUGAUAAGUAGAUUGUAUGGAGGAAGCUUAUAAUUGCUGCAUCAGCUAUUUUGAGCAAUGGGAAAUCUUCUAAGAGCAACAGUUCAAAAUGGAGUGCGGUCACUCUGCUGGCACCUCCUAGUAAUGUUGACAGUAAUAGGACUUCUUUUUAUUUUGGGAGUAGGAGCAGAAUACUCUACAAACUGUUCUUCACUGUUGCCAGGGCAGUAUCUUUGUAUUGACCGUAAUAUUGAUCCUCAUACCCAGCAACCUCGUGGAUGUACUAAAGAAGGUCGAGCUACAGUAGUCUGUACCUCUGCUCCAGGUAUAAUUUGUUCAGAAACCAAUAACAACACCUUCAAAAAGGAAAUUCCUUGCAAGUAUACAAAUGGAUACUCUUAUGAGACUGCAUUACUUUUGUCAGUCUUUCUCGGAAUGUUUGGUGUUGAUCGUAUUUACCUUGGCUAUUAUGCCAUUGGACUUGCAAAGUUCUGCACCCUGGGGUUUUUGUUUCUUGGACAGCUAAUUGAUAUCAUUCUUAUUGCAACACAAACUGUGGGACCUGCCGAUGGUUCCUAUUAUGUUAUAAGUUACUUUGGUGCAGGCAUUGAGGUCAUUCAUAUGGAUAACAUGACUUUCCGUAAGCCCCAGGAUGACUGGGAGCUUUCAGGUGAUGCAUUAAAGGAUUUAUGAAUUCUUUAUCUACCAAAAAUGAUACAGUUCCGUAACAUGUGUUAUUUCAAGUUGAAUAUUAUGUCAUAGUCAGUUGUAACAUUUGAACAGUUUUCUACUGUAUAGUUUUAUAUAUAUGUACAGCUGUUAGGCAUUGUACAGCAGUUUGUAAAUAAACAAACUUUUCUGUGUUCUAAAUAGUAGAUAAGCCAUACGUAUUUGAAAGAUUUACAGUGGAGAGUUCCAGUGAACAAGUUCUUUUCCAAGCAACCAGCUGGUUGUGUAUUCAGUCUGUGAUACAGAAGGACAUUUGAUGCAAUUUCUUAAGUACAUGUAGAUGUAAAAUUACUUUGUAUUAAAUGCCCUGAAUAGUG